CUCACACGUAGUAUAUAUAAAAUCCAUAAACCACAAACACAUGCACACAAACAAAACAAAACAUUCAAAUAUUUAAUUUAAUUUAAUCUUUCCUUUUUCUUAUCUUUUCAAUGUCCGCUUUAGAUUAUCUCUCACCUUCAACACACGCUACAAUCUUUCUUCACUCUCAUCACUUUCGAAACGCACGUCGUUUCGUUAUUCCCAAUUCACCUUCAAUUAGGGUUUUAAGAGAUUCAAUUUUUCUCAACAAUUUCGGAAAAUUCGAAUUAUGGAAAGGAUUAAACACUAAAUUGAGCAAUUUCGAUGGACUUAGAACUGCUGCUAGCAGUGGUGGUCAGGAGAGUGAUUCUGGGGAGAAGAGUGAAGAGGGGAAAGGGGUUGAAGUUGAACCGGGUUCAGGUGGUUCGAACCGGAGGAAGGAGAAGCAAGGGAAAGGUGGAUGGUGGAGAUGGAAAUGGCAACCCAUGUUGAAUGCACAAGAAGUUGGGGUUUUGUUACUUCAAUUAGGGAUUGUGAUUUUUGUUAUGAGGUUGCUUAGACCUGGGAUUCCGUUACCGGGUUCGGAGUCGCGAUCUUCGACGGUGUUUGUGAGUGUUCCUUAUAGUGAUUUUUUGAGUAAGAUUAAUGGGGAUCAGGUUUUGAAGGUGGAGGUUGAUGGGGUUCAUAUUAUGUUUAAGUUGAAGACUGAUUUGGAGGGUGGUGAGGUUGCUGGUAGUGAUGGUAGUAGUGGUAGGUUGCAGCAGGAAUCGGAGGCUUUGGUUAAGAGUGUGGCGCCGACAAAGAGGAUUGUUUAUACAACGACUAGGCCUAGUGAUAUUAGAACUCCUUAUGAAAAGAUGUUGGAGAAUGAAGUGGAGUUUAGAUCACCCGAUAGACGGUCUGGCGGAUUCUUUAACUCCGCUUUGAUAGCCAUGUUUUAUGUUGCUUUAUUGGCGGGGCUUAUCCAUCGAUUCCCCGUAAGCUUUUCUCAGAAUACUCCUGGACAGUUUAGGAGCCGCAAAUCAGGAAUGUCGGCUGGUACAAAAUCAUCUGAAAAAGGUGAAACAAUCACUUUUGCUGAUGUUGCUGGUGUUGACGAGGCUAAAGAAGAGCUAGAAGAGAUUGUGGAAUUUCUUCGAAAUCCGGAUAGAUAUGCACGACUUGGAGCUCGUCCUCCGCGAGGUGUUCUCUUGGUAGGUCUUCCGGGAACAGGUAAGACUUUACUCGCAAAGGCUGUGGCCGGAGAAGCUGAUGUGCCAUUUAUAAGCUGUUCUGCUAGUGAGUUUGUUGAGUUGUAUGUUGGUAUGGGUGCUUCCCGGGUGAGAGAUCUCUUUGCAAGGGCAAAGAAAGAAGCACCAUCCAUAAUAUUUAUUGAUGAGAUAGAUGCCGUGGCUAAAAGUCGUGAUGGUAAAUUUCGCAUUGUAGGCAAUGAUGAAAGAGAACAGACCUUGAACCAGUUGCUUACUGAGAUGGAUGGGUUUGACAGCAAUUCAGCAGUGAUUGUUCUUGCGGCAACUAAUCGUGCUGAUGUCUUAGAUCCUGCGCUUCGCCGACCAGGAAGAUUCGAUCGAAUAGUUAUGGUGGAAACGCCGGAUAGGAUCGGAAGAGAAUCCAUCCUGAAAGUUCAUGUUUCUAAGAAAGAACUUCCUCUUGCCAAGGAUGUUUACAUUGGUGACAUUGCUUCUAUGACUACCGGAUUCACAGGGGCGGAUCUUGCAAACCUAGUAAACGAGGCUGCUUUAUUGGCAGGAAGAAAAAACAAAGUUGUUGUGGAGAAAAUUGAUUUCAUUGAAGCUGUGGAAAGGUCAAUAGCUGGCAUAGAAAAGAAGACUGCCAAGUUACAAGGAAGUGAGAAGGGUGUAGUUGCACGACAUGAAGCUGGUCAUGCUGUAGUAGGCACUGCAGUUGCAAGUCUUCUUUCGGGACAGCCACGUGUUCAGAAACUAAGCAUAUUGCCUAGGUCGGGAGGGGCCUUGGGAUUUACUUAUAUUCCUCCAACAAAUGAGGACAGAUACUUGCUUUUCAUUGAUGAAUUGCGCGGCCGCCUGGUUACUCUUCUUGGAGGACGUGCUGCAGAAGAAGUUGUAUAUUGUGGUCGAGUGUCUACAGGUGCACUUGAUGACAUACGUCGAGCAACUGACAUGGCAUACAAAGCCAUUGCUGAAUAUGGUCUUAGUCAGACAAUAGGCCCUGUGUCAAUUUCCACUCUUUCUAAUGGCGGAACUGAUGAGUCUGGGAGAUCAGUUCCUUGGGGAAGGGAUCAGGGACAACUUGUUGAUCUUGUUCAGAAAGAAGUGAAAGCAUUGCUUCAGUCUGCACUGGAAGUAGCACUUUCCAUUGUACGAGCUAAUCCUACUGUUGUAGAGGGUCUUGGUGCUCAAUUGGAAGAGGAAGAGAAAGUAGAGGGUGAAGAGUUACAGAAGUGGUUAAGAUUGGUAGUUGCACCAACAGAACUUGCAAUUUUUAUGGAAGGCAAGCAACAGACCCUUCUCCCUUUGCAGACCGGUUCCUGAAACUGUUGAAGAGUUGUCAAUUAUGUGUUUCCGGUGUGAAUUGGAACUUGAGGUAUGAUUUUUGACAUGGUUCAACCAAAGCUGGUGAAAUUAUAUCUCAAAAUAGCAUGCCUUACAACAUUGUAUAUUCCUGUAAGGUGAACUUUGGCAUCGUUUUUAGCACAUGCCAACUUGUUAUUUGUAUUUACUCACCAUUCACUCAACUGAAGCCACAGGCAAAAUAGAAAAAUGAAGAAAUACAUAACAUUAGUGCCUCUCUUCAAUACAACUACAUGAGUAAUGGUAAUUUAAUUUGUAUAGACUAUUAUUUCAGUCAUGUCACAAAAUGUAAUUAAUAUGUAGUUGUAUACAUUAAUGGUUCUGUGAAAUAUAUGGUCCUGCUUCAUGUUACACCAAAAUAUUUUAUUGAAAUUGCAAGUAACAUGGUUGGUUGAGUCUGUUUUCAAAUUCCCCCCAUCAAAUCAAGCUUAUCUAUCAAACUAGUUA